AUUCGAAAAUUAAAAUCCUGUCAGUUACGUAAAGUUAACCUAGAUUGUAGUUGCUUGAAUCCACUCUACACGCUACAUAUUUAAAACUUUAAAAUGAUUAUUCUAAUCCUAACAGCCUUUUCCGCUUUGAGCGUUCAUACUUCAUCAGCGCAAUCGCAAUGUGCCGGAGUGUGUCACAAUCCGUUGUAUGUUGUGGGUCAGACUGUUGAUGUUUACCGGGUCAAUGGGAUCUGGUAUGAAUACAUGGUUGGUUUCGACCAAGUGGCUACCAAUAUUGUAAAAAAUGGCACCGUCCGCGGAACAUAUCCCGGUGCCCAGUCAUCCUGCACAACGUGCUCUUACUUUGCGACGUGGUGGAUUAAUUACUAUAUUCCGGCUGUAGCGGGACAGACUGGACCAAAUGCGCAAUACAACUGCACCGCUAUUUGGCAUCAAGGAAAUAUGACCACAGCCGGCAAACGAUAUGCGGUGUCAUUGUACAACGAUCCCAAUUCUGAUAUCUUUAAUAUCACAACAACAAUUUUAUUUACGGAUUACGACACAGUGGAGAUUGUCUACGGAUGCGAUGACUUCCCGCUCAAUACGGAUGGGACAUGUACCAAUGUGUUGUACUGGGUGUUCACGCGAGUACAGGCGCCCCUGUUGACUGCUGCCCAGAGAUCAUACAUUCAGGAUAAAGUCGAUACGUACCUAAAGCCGUUGUGCUACAGUUAUGCUCAGAUGAAGUUUUCUGGAUUUGAUUUGACCUUAAAAAAUCUUCCGCCAUGCAACAUUGCGCAAGGAUCACCUCCCUUUCCGCCCCGAUUUGCCGCAACGGUGCCUAUUUCACCUCCAAUUUAACAGCAUUAUCUUUCGUGUGUAUGUGUUGGCUGUGUCUCACGGGAUACGCUCAUUCUCAUUUAAUUACAUAAUUUUUAAUACUGCGGGCAAGACCGCCCAGCCCAAGUUGUGUAUCAAGCCCUUUGUAAAAUUUCUGGUAAGACAA